GGAAGUGGCGAAACACCGCUACAGUUAGAGUUGGUUAUCCGAGAUGCUGAGACGACCAUGAUCACCACUAACUAGGAUUACAGUCAUAGUUAGCCAACCAGCGCGAGAUCACUGCCGCCAUCAUUGACGUUUAACGGCACGGUAACGGUCAAACGGCGCCCGUUAACUUCUGCUGACGUCAACAGGUUCGCGAGCUGUCCCAGUCAUCUCACCUGAUCUGACACUCCAUCAUCACAUCUACUGAUCCACUGACCUGCCAGCAUGGCUAACACAGACUCCAUCAAUGUGCGGGUCCUCUCUCUGAACUGCUGGGGGAUCCGCUACCUUAGCAAACACUGUCUUCAGCGCUAUGCUAUGAUUGGAGAUAUGUUGUGCAAGGAAGAGCAUGAUAUUGUUUUACUGCAAGAGGUGUGGAGUGAGAAAGACUACCUCUCCUUGAAAAAGAAACUUGCCUGUAGUCAUCCUCACUCUCAUUACUUCAAAAGUGGAGUCAUCGGCAGUGGACUGGCCAUUUUCUCCAAACACAGAAUCCAUGAUACAUUUCUUUUUCGCUACUCACUAAAUGGUUAUCCUUACAUGGCUCACCAUGGAGACUGGUUCGGAGGUAAAGCUGUUGGGAUGGCCAUUUUAAACAUUGGCAGCCUGACUGCAAACGUCUACGUGACUCAUCUGCAUGCAGAGUACUGCAGAGACAAGGACUCUUAUCUACCUCACAGAGUGGUUCAGGCUUGGGAGCUGCAGCAGUUCAUACGCCACACAUCUGCUGGAGCAGAUGUGGUGAUUCUAGGUGGUGACCUCAACAUGCACCCUCAGGACCUCGGCAACAGACUACUGAGGUCUUACACUGGACUCCGAGACUCUUACUUAGAGACUGCUAAAUUUGAUGGAUGUGAGGACGGUGUGACUCUAAUAGCUGACAACCCGUUUAUCAGUAAAAAGGAGCUUGGCCCCUUUGAGAAGGGAAUUCGAAUCGACUACAUCCUGUUCAAGGGUUCAUCCAAAGCAGACCUUUAUUGUGAUUUCAUGUCGACCACCAAAGGCUCCGUUCAUGACCAUCCAUUCCCAUACUCCGACCAUGAGGCUCUGACCGCCGGACUUAGACUGGAAACACUCACUCCAACUGGGACUGGAAGUGACAGACAAUCAAAGAAUCAGGCCUCUGAUGCAGGGAAGUUGGCUGAGUUGGUGGAUAUAGUUACAGAGGCGCGUACUGAAGUCAAAGUAGGUUUGCACUGUGCUGAGAGGAUGCGCUACACAGCAUCACGCACCGGAGUGAUGGGCUUGGCUCUGCUCUUCCUGGAGCUGGCCAUUGCUGCUGUGCCCUGGUUGGCUCUGGGAGCAGAACAACCUUUCCCUCGUACCUCCUUCUACCUGCUGGCCGCGUUGUGCUUCGCCAUCCUGCUGACCACCUCUCUGCUGUACAUCUUCUACACCAUGGAGCUAAAAUCUCUUCAGAGCGCUGAAGACCAGAUGAGGCUGGCUGUAGGGAGCCUUCAAGAGAAGCUCAGGGGUUUUCCUUUGGCUCAGCCCCACAACGCCCAGCGGAGGCCUCCAGAGGGCCACGACCUCAGCGCCUUUAACCCAGAGGAGUAGUUCAGGAUCCAAAGUGGGCUCACUAGAGAAGCCUUUUAAGUGAGCUUAAAGAUGGAUGAAUGAGGAAGUAAUUUAAUCUCUGAAUGUGUUUUACGAUGUUGAGAUCUAGCUUUGUACUGCAGAAUGAUGGAGUUUUUGAAAGGACGUUUCUGAAAGUAGUGCAGGACACAUGCUUUGACCUUUUUUUAUACUUUUGAUAUACUCCUCUUUAGCCUUUUUUACCCCUAGAUUUCCCCUCUAUGCACCUCAACAAACAUGCUUCCUGUUACACAGUAUGUUACUUCUGUGCUACUGCUGUUCUUAAAGGUCAUAAAUGUGACCAUUUGUGUUUUAAAGCCUCAGGUCUGGCUUGCAUUCCACCCAAUAGUAGUUUCAGCGGGACCAGUUCUUUCUGUUUUAAUUUCAUGCCUUCCCUUUUAAGAUUUGGACUAAAUCAUAGAAGCACAGUGGUCUCCCCUGAACGGACGACACUCUGAAGGUUUAGAUUUUGGUCAGUAACUUUUUUUUUUUCUUUGCAGGACAGAUUAUUGUUGUUAUUCCAGUAGUGCUUAAAAAAAGGCUCUAGCAUUUCUCAGUGCUGUAUACUGUAAGAAAAGGGACAAACUCCAUCUGCACGUCUCAUGUUCACUGUCUUGCACUGGAAAUUAUCUUUAUGUUGGAAACAAUUUACACUCCUAUUUCCCAAAAUAUAGCAGUGGGAAAACACUUGAGAAUAUGUCACAUACCGUGUGAAUCACUUUUUUAAAAAAACAUCAUGUACUGUAGAAGAUUACAGAUGCUUAAUAUAUAUCUUUAGUGUGCAGUGCACGUAGUUGACUAACCAGACGAACCACUUCCUUUAAUGUAAGAUGGGAACUUGCUUAUUGAUUCAUAUUGCUGUAAAACAGUGUUAUAACUUGGCAGAAGCCUAACGAUGACUGAUCAUUUUUAAACUUUACUCUAUCACAACAAUAUUUGAAAAAGUACUUGAUAGUUCUUAAUUUCAUAAAGAUAAUAGAAUUUAAGAUAACACCUAAUGUUCAUUCCAGUUCAAAAUUGUAAUGGGCAUGAUACUGAAAGCAAUAAUAAAGAAUUUAUACUCACAAUUCCUGACUGCUGUAGCUCUGAAGAAAUGUGACAAACUCGCGGCAAAUUUCAACUGCAGACAAUAUCCACUGAUGCACAACAGAUCUGCACAUUCACCACUAGAGAGCGAUAGAAGUACAUCUGAAGGCUGAACUUUCCAAAUCAAAUCACAACAAACUGGCACUUCACCAGCAAUAACAAGACAUAUUUGCCAGAUCCCUCAUUCUGAAACCUUGGGUGUGGUACAUUGGUGCAUUUUCCCACAGUAAAUCACCAAAAGGUUCUAUUCAUACCAGGUAACCGCGUUUGGUGCCAUUAUCUCCAACAAAAUCAUUUGGCUUUGUCACAAUUAAGAACACCAGUAAGUUGGUAGAUUUGCAAAGGAAUUUCAGAGACACACCAUAAAAACAAAGAAUACAUAUGCUGCAUGCAAAUAAGGCUACACUACACCUAAUGCAAAUUAGCUCAUGCCGAGUCUUCCACCAUAGGUGCAACACUGGCCUUGCUUAGUGACAAUUUUUCAGUAAGUAUACAACAUUUUUAUCCUACUAGGUAAGCUGCUGUUUUAUUUUUACUUGUGCUUUUUUUUUUUUUACAAAAAGUCAUAUUCCUCUUUCUUGCAUGAUGUUACAGGUAAGUUAUAGUAGAUCUAAGGCAGUUCAUCUAUAUCCAAAAUAUUUUGCCUGCAUCCUAUCCAAUUCUGAUAUCCUGUUUUAGCAUUGAUGCAAAAUAAAUGGAGCAUAAUCCUUA